AUGAUCAACUUGCAGGGAUCAGUGACAUUCCCGGAUGUGGCUGUGGACUUCACCCCAGAGGAGUGGCAGCUGCUUGACUGUGAGCAGAGAACCUUGUAUUGGGAUGUGAUGUUGGAGAACUUUAGAAACCUCAUCUCAGUGGGGGGCCCAGUUACCCAAACAAAAGCGAUCUUCAAGGCAGAGCAAGGACAAGAGCCAUGGAUGGGGGAGGGGGAGAACCCACGUUGGCGCCAUCCAGAAGCUGAUUGCCUACUUGUUGAUGAAUCAGAGAAGUACCAGGAAAGCAAAGACAAUUUUUUGAAUUCAGUUUUGUUCACGUUCAAUAAAAUUCUGACUGUGGAGAGACUCCAUGGUUAUAACAUGAGCACAAGUCUUAAUCCUACAAGAAAAAAAUCAUAUAAAUGUAAAUCAUAUGGGAAGAGCUUGCAACCUACUUUAGAUUUACUUAAUUAUAAUAGAUGUUACACGGAAGAAAACUCAUAUGAAUGCACUGAAUGUGGGAAAGCCUUCAAAAAGAAGUUUCAUUUCAUUAGACAUGAAAAAAAUCAUACAAGAAAAAAACCCUUUGAAUGCAAUGACUGUGGGAAAGCCUAUAGCAGGAAGGCUCACCUUGCAACUCAUCAGAAAAUCCAUAAUGGAGAGAGACCCUUUGUGUGCAAUGAUUGUGGGAAAGCGUUUAUGCAUAAAGCACAACUGGUGGUCCACCAGAGACUCCACACGGGAGAGAAACCGUACGAAUGCCAUCAGUGCGGGAAGUCAUUCACUUGGAACUCCUCCUUUACCCAACAUGUGAAAUCGCAUACACUUGAGAACUCGUUUGAAUGUAAGGAAUGUGGGAAAACCUUCAGGUACAGCUCAUCCCUUUAUAAACAUUCUAGAUUUCAUACAGGAGAGAAACCGUACCGAUGUAUUGUAUGUGGCAAAGCCUUUGGUAACACGUCUGUGCUUGUUACGCAUCAAAGAAUUCAUACAGGAGAGAAACCGUAUGGGUGUAUCGAAUGUGGCAAAGCCUUCAUCAAGAAGUCACAUCUGCUUAGACAUCAGAUAACUCAUACAGGAGAGAAGCCCUAUGAAUGUAAUAGAUGUGGGAAAGCAUUUUCCCAGAAGUCAAAUCUUAUUGUACAUCAGAAAAUUCAUACAUAAUAUUCAUGUUGAAUAUGACAAAGCCUUAAAUACUAGAUAAAUCUUAUUAAAACAGAAUUCAUGGUGAGAAAUCCACCAAUUCAAAUGAAUUUGCAAGAGUAGAUUCCCAUAAAAAAGAAUCAAUGCCAAUCAUGUUCUGGAAGUGAUAAUAAAGUUUUUACAGAAAAAGUUCACAGAAAACAUUGAUUCAUAAGUAAUAGAGCAUAGAGCUUAGAAAGUGAGCAUAAAUUAAUCAAGGAAUCAGUGAAAACACUUAUUAUCUCUGAUUUUUGUUUUUAUA